GUCUUGUGAAAUCACAGAGUUGGCGUCAUCAGUCAUUUUUUCGCUGUUGAUUCUUGUUAAGCUCCGCGAGCGGUAUCCAACUUCUCCCUUCUAUCAAUUCAACAAUGGAGGUCUCGUCGUUUUCCGCAAGUCCGAAAGCGUAUUCUUGUUCAUCAACAGAAUCUCUGCUUAAAAGGAUUAAGGUUCCAUUAUGGAACCGGUAUCUUCUGUCUCUUCCAUUGAAUAGAAGAACUGUACAACCUUUAGUGCCUCGUACUGGAUUUCCACAGCUGAAGAAAAAUCAUUUGCAGGUUUUAUGUAGUCAAAAUAAAGGAGUUACUGUUAUAGAAGACAGAUGUAUGGAUGAGAUUUAUGAUGCUUUGGCAGAACGACUUGUUCCUACAUCAGCAGCAGCAUCGAACCCGAACCUGAAGUAUAUUGUAGGUUUAGCUGGCCCUCCUGGUGCAGGAAAGACUACCUUAGCCUCUGAAGUAGUGCGACGUGUUAACAAGUUAUGGCCCCAGAAAGCUUGUUCAUUUGAUUCUGAAGUUGAGCCUCCAGAUGUUGCUACUGUGCUUUCCAUGGAUGGGUUUCAUUUAUAUCGUGCUCAGCUAGAUAAAAUGGAGGAUCCAGAAGAAGGCCAUGCAAGAAGAGGAGCUCCAUGGACAUUUUCUCCCAUGCUACUGUUAAACUGUUUGACAAAGUUGAGGAAUGAGGGGUCAGUUUAUGCACCAUCAUUUGACCAUGGUGUUGGGGAUCCAGUUGAAGAUGAUAUAUUUGUGAGCCUUCAGCAUAAGGUUGUCAUUGUAGAAGGAAAUUAUCUGUUUUUAGAAGAAGGGCUUUGGAAGGAUGUAUCAUGCAUAUUUGAUGAGAAGUGGUUCAUUGAGCUUGAUCUUGACGAGGCAAUGCAACGAGUUUUAAGAAGACAUAUUUCCACAGGGAAACCACCUGAUGUUGCUAAAUGUCGGAUAGAGUAUAAUGACCGGCCUAACGCGGAACUAAUAAUGAAGUCAAAGAAAAAUGCAGAUUUAAUAAUCCGAUCAGUUGACUUUUCAAGGUAUAAGGAGAAGUUGAAAAAGUGAAGAUAAACGAAUACUAACCAAGUCCAAUGGCGUCAGUGCCUUUCAUGACGCGCAGGCGUUUGCAUGAUUCAACAAACAUCCUGAUUACAACAAAACAAAA